AUGGGUCAAAAGCUCAAGAAGUGGUGCGAAGGGUACGACAUUCAGCAAGCCUUCACGUCGGUAGCCUACCCUCAGAGCAACGGGCAUGCGGAGGUCACCAACCGCAAAAUACUUCGGAUCCUACUCGUUCGGCUCGAUCGCAUUGGAGGGAGCUGGGUAGAUGAACUCCCCAGCAUGCUAUGGGUGAUCCGCACGGCUCCCAAGGAAGGGACCAGAGCAAUGCCCUUCCACCUGCACUACAACGAAGACAACGCCGAGCGGAGGUUUCUGGAGCUGGACUUGGUAGACGAAGCACGCGCUAAAGUUGUCGUCCGACUGAUGGUAUACCGGCAGACGAUGAAGCAGAGCUACAAUCGGAUGGUAAUUCCAAGAUCGUUCCAGGUCGGUGAUCUGGCCUGGAAGAAAGUGAAGUCGGUCGGUGACGUCACUAAGUUGGAAACUCCCUGGGCCAGACCCUUCAAGGUUGUGGAGAAGUUCCUCUCGGGCGCCUACUACUUGGAAGACGAGGAUAAGCGGUGA